AAAACGCAGUAAAAGCUAGAGCGUUAUUUUUGGGGUUAUUGGUGUUGGCAGGCAGUGGUUAUAAUGGAUAAAUAUCUUAGAGCUUCAAAUGGGCAAGGUUGUAGUGCGGCAACCAUUGAAGAAAAAGAGCAAGAGGAAGAGCCGCAAGCCAAAAAGGCGCGAUAUGGUCAGUCCAAUGUGUGGAAUUUUUUUAAUAAGUCCUCGGAUGGCAAAACUGCCAAAUGUUUAAAAUGUGGUAAAAUUUAUCAAACCAGCGGAAACACCACCAACAUGGCGGGACAUUUAAAGCGGGUACACCCAACGUUAACGGUGAGUGAGUUGCCAAAGGCUUCAGGACAUAUGGCGGCUUAUUUGGAUAAAAAAUACGAAGCCUCAUCGAAACGGAAGAGAGAUUUGGACAGCGCAUUGUUAAAUUUCAUUUGCUCCGAUUUACGUCCAUUUUACAUUGUAGAAAACGAGGGAUUUAAGCAAUUUGUAAAUGCUUUGGAUCCCCGAUACGAAUUGCCUUCACGAUCAACAUUGCUUUCAACAUGUUAUAAUAAUUUAUUCAUGAACAUGAGAAUGAAACUGAAAAGCAUUUUGCAAGAAGUGGAAUAUUGCGCUGUGACAACCGACUGUUGGACAUCUCGAGCCAACGAGGCUUAUUUGACCGUAACUUGCCAUUUUAUAGAUCCAGAAUUUAAACUUCGCACAGCAGUACUUUCGACUAGUAAGUUACAGAAUGAGAAAAAUCAUUCUGCAGAAAACAUUGCGAACUCUCUAUGUGCAGUGCUAAUUGAAUGGGAAGUUAUGGACAAAGUUGCAGCCAUUGUUACCGAUAGCGCAAGAACAAUGAUAAAAGCAUGUGAGAUAUUGCAAAAAAGACAUGUGCCAUGCUUUGCGCAUGUUAUUAAUUUAAUAGUUCAAUAA